AUGUACUACGAGCCAGCCUUCGUGAUGUGCACGCGCGGGCAGAGCGCCUGCCAGCCACCGCCUGGGCUCUCGCCGCCAACGCACAUCAACUGCGAGCCUUGGAAGGUCGCAGUGGACCCGAAGAUCUUCGACACCCCUUCGAUCUCACAAGGCAGGGUUGGCACAGCCUACUGGGCAGCUGACGAUUGUGGGAGCACAGAGGACGGAAGUGAUCGAGAUACGACCUCGGAAGGAUCCUCCGUGCAGGCCCAUGGCUCCUGGCGCAGCGAAGCGCAGUGGCAGCAGGAUCAGAAACCUUGGCCACAAGCUGCAAACACAAAUUCGGAGCGGGAACACGCCGCCACACCGAACACAAGUGUCGUGCACUCGACGUGCCGUUGGCACAAGUCGGCAAGCACAGUGGGAUCGAUCUCGACAGACGGUCACGUCUUCACCAAGUCGGCGAGUGGCCAAAAGGUCGUCAUCAACGACCGCGGAAUGCCCAUGGAGCUCAGCUCCAUCUGCAUGGUCUUCGACUCGACUCUCAGAUGCCGAGGUGUGCACACCUACCAAUACACCAUUCUCUCUGGGGAGUUGGGUGCGGCGGAUGGAGCAGGCUUCGUGUUCGAUUCGAAAGUUCGCC